UGAGUACUUAGUCAGUAACAUGUAAACAGUAACUAUACUCAAUACUUAGGUGUGCGACAUAUAACCGUGGUUAGUAGUAGGACCUGUGCUAGUUAUUAUUUUUAAAUACAGGCGUUAUUCAGUUUUUAAUUUCUACAUAAUUUGAUUAUUCUUCAAAAAAUACCACUCUCUGUCAUUGGAGUUAAUCUUUAAUAUGGUUAAAAACCAUUUUUCCUUGUUUAACCGACAGCAGAGAAGGCUGUGUGUGAACAAUUAUACUAUUCUUCUGUUGACUGCUGCCAUCGUUUAUUUAUGCCCAAAUUCUGCAAAAAUAGCGUAAUGCAAACUGCAGUAUACAUAUUACACAUGACAUCCGACAAUUGCAUUUUACGAACAUUACCUUACAUAAUAAUGAUUAACAUUAUAAUUUAUAAGAAUGGUGCGCCGGUCUAUUCCCGGCCCGUGUUUUCAAGGUUCUCGUUUUUCUAGACCCCGUUUGUCUGAGAAGGGCUCAGUCAGUCGGAUAUGACUAAAAACCUGAACCAUAGAAGUUUUAAUUAACACUUUUAACAUAAUUUAAUAUACUGACGAGUGACGAGGUUUAGUUAGAAAAUAUUUAGGGGGUCUUGGGGAGUAUUUUUUGAGAGAGCGGGUCAGCAUUCACCCUGUUAUCCACCCAUUUUUUUUUGUUUUCAAAAUAUCAACGAGGUCCAAUUUUCUAUCAAAAACUGCCCUCAGAGUAAGUUGAAGAUCGAAUCAUUUUUUCUUCUAUAAAACUUGUAGGUGUUUAUACAUAAUUGUAAAAUCAAUAUCUAAUAUUUAUUACAUUUAUUAUUUUAAACAUAUUGAUUAAAUUCGUCAAUGCCUAAAUUAAAGGAUUAAAAUGAUAUUAGAAUAAAAUACACAUUUGACUGCAGAAAACUAGGUAAUUAAGUAAAUUAAUAAUUUUACUUCAUGAUUAAAAUGCGAUCAUUUUUCAAUGUCUAUGACUAGUUUUGUUUAGAUUUAUUAUGAUUAUUAAUUAAUAAUUAUAAAAUAUAUUUUUAUUUUUUAGUUAUUUUUAAUUAUUUUAAUACACGUAAUACAUUGAUCAUAUUGGCAUAUAUUAUGACAAAUUCCACCUAUAGUAUCCAGUAGUACCUGUCAUAUUAUAAGGUAAUCAUUAAAAUAGAGACUGCAAAUCGAUAACUAUUCACUAUAUUAUGUUCGUGUUAGGUAUUAUAGGUAGGCACUUAUAUAGAAUUCGUAGUGAUGUCGAUCAAAAUAUUGGUAUUGACGCGUCGUACAGUUGAACCGUCUUGUUUAUUAUAACGAGUUCAUACCUAACAAAAUAAGUAAAACACAAGUGAUUAUUCCAUGUAAUCGUUAAAUAUUUUUCUAAAAAUGUUCUUAUAGGUAAAUAACUUAAAUUAUUUUAAUGGUCGCAAUGUGGGUAGGUAAGUAUUGUAAGAACUUGUACGAAUCAAAUAGUAUGCAGGGUUAAAAUAGCUAGGUAGGUAUGUCAAAGCGUGCAAACUAUGUCACUGUGGUUGCAAUGUUUUUUAAUCUGUGUAACAUAAAAAAUAUAUUUCAAUAUAAUUUUUCUGAAAAAUGUCAAAUUAUAUUUUCUAUCGUGAUAAUCAUUACGUGUGUGUUCAACUUGAUCAGUGCACCGCUGGUCGUGCCGUGCGUGGUCGACGACUGGUCUGACGUGUUGUCGACAUCAUUGACAGUAGUGCAGUCUAGGGUAGUGGCCGUCGCUUCAUUUCUAUCCAGAGCAAUCGUGUUGUACAACGUGUAUUUUAAUAAGUAUCAAAAGUACAAGACGACGUUGGAGAGUUCUAACAUCUACUCGCCAAUGACCGCCGCCGCUUGGAGCCAGUAUAAAUUGUAUUCACUCGUGACCGCAUCGUUGUGUCUGAUUUUCAUGCUGCCAACGAACUUCGUAAAACUGUACAGCAUGUACUACAAACACCUCGAUGGGUCCCUAUUGGUGGUGCAUUUCUUCUUCUUUUACUUACAAAAUUUCAGCAUGUACUUGAUCGAAAACGAUUUCGCCAAUCGGUGUUUCGUGGUGUACUUGACGUUCCGAAACAUUAACGACGAUUUGAACAGGAUGAAAACCGAGCAUAUCGACCGCGACAGAUUUCCGUUCUUCGGGAAAGAUGAAGGUGACCCGUGGUCGAAUGCUGCACCGUCGUCGACGUCGCGUGUCGUCGUUUACGAUAAAGAUUUUUACUGUCCAAGGGACAAGGCGCACCCUUUGACCAACAUCGUGGAGAUCUUGAAAAUCAGACACUGGUUAACCCGCGAAGCCGUAGUCGACAUAAACUAUCUGUUCGGAAAUCACUUAGGAUUGUCGAUACUCUCCUUGGGCGUUCUUGUAUUGUUGGACGUAUACACCGGCGUGUUCCACUCCUUUGCUAAUAACCGCGUGGAUAAGAAAAUAUUUCGAUCGACGCUGUUAUUCUUCAGGGUACUGCAGUACUCUUAUAGGUUCUGUGUAAUUACUAUCCUUUCAAAUGUAACGGCCAAAGAGGCGGUGAAUGCAAAAACAUUAAUAACUGAUAUAAACAAUAGGUAUUUGGAUACUAGUACACAGGAAGAGCUUCAACUUUUCUACACUCAAAUAUCUAGUCGUUGCAUUGAGUUCACUGCUUGUGAUUUAUUCACUUUAAACACCCGUCUCAUCACUUCAGCUAUAGCUGCUGGUGCCACUUAUCUAGUUAUUUUAGUGCAAUUUCAUUCUGGAAAAAAUUAAAUCUAUUAACAUUUUGCAUACCUACUCAAUGAAGUGUUUAAAUUUACGCGUUUGAUUUAUGCGAACGAUCACGAUGUAAUAAAUAAUAUAGAUUAUAAUUUUUAGACAAUA